GUACUGGCAGACUACAGAGAAACAGGGCUAUUAUGCACCAGCUUGAAGGGACAAAAUGCAGCUUCCUCGUGUGCCUGGGGAUAAGUAUUAUCAUCUUUUCAUUCAUUUAUUUGAGGACUAGGACGCCACCUGAGUUAAAGCCUCCCCCAUCUUCAAGUUGCAAACCUUUCUCAACUACGUGUAAAACUUUUUUGCAAGGCAUGAAGAAAGGAGUAAAUUGGUACCGCCGUGACUGCCAGGUGGAAAGCUACAUUCUAAACAGCCAUCUGCCAUGCUCAAACUUGAAAAGAGAUUUACACUUUAUAACAAGACCUCUAAGUCGUGCAGAGGAGGCUUACCCUUUAGCUUUCAUUGUGACUAUUCAUAAAGAGCUGGAGCUUUUCGUCCGCCUCUUGAGGGCAAUUUACAUGCCACAAAAUGUGUACUGCAUUCACGUGGAUGCUAAGGCUCCACGGGAGUAUCGGGAGGCUGUACAGAAGCUAGUCAGCUGCUUUCCAAAUACAUUCCUCUCCAGUCACAGUGAAACUGUGACAUAUGCUGGUUUUUCUCGUUUGCAAGCAGAUCUGAAUUGCAUGAAGGACCUAGCGAAAUCCAAGACAGACUGGAAGAAGGUGGUGAAUCUGUGUGGACAAGAUUUCCCUGUUAAGAAUAACCUGGAACUGGUACAGUACAUGCAGAGCCAACAAUGGAGGGAUAAAAACAUGACACCUGGGGUCAAACAGCCGAUGUCUAUGAUGUACAGAACGCAACGCCAGUACAAGGAGAUUGUGGGGUCACAUGUAGCUCCGAAAGGGCUAGGCCUGAGGAAAAGGCCUCCUCCACACAAUCUGCAAUUAUAUUUUGGAACAGCCUACUAUGCUCUGACAAGGUCUUUCGUGGACUUUGUUCUGAAAAGCCCAAUAGCGCAUGACUUCUUGGAUUGGUCCAGGGACACAUUCAGUCCAGAUGAACACUACUGGGUGACGCUCAACCAUAUCCAAGAAGCUCCAGGCAGUCGCAUUGAUGGAGGCUGGGAAGGAGCUAUCCGGGCAAUCAAAUGGCGGGAUCAAGAAGGAAGUGCACACAGUGGUUGCAAAGGGCAUUACAUACGAGACAUCUGUAUCUACGGAGUGGAAGACCUACCAUGGAUCAUCAGCACGGACAGCAUGUUUGCCAAUAAGUUUGAGAGUAAUACCUUUCCUGAGGCACUAGACUGUCUGGAGCAGUGGCACAGAAACAAGGUUCUCAACCAGGCUACUGUUCCCAUAGAACCGUCAUGGCUACUGGCCAUACACAGCAACUACAGCAACAGCAGCAGCUACUUUAACAGCAGUGCUGGAGAAUGAAAUCACUACAAGCUUGCAGGCUACAUCUAGUUGAGCUUAUUUGCACUUGUCUUGUGUUGUUAUGUCAUAAUGUGAGCAUAGGAAAACAAAACCAAGGAAGACAAAAUGCAUGCACUGUGCAUUUUAAGACCAUGUGUGUAUACUAAUAUAUUUAUCUAUGAAACUCUA